CUUCUGCCAGGUUGUUGAAGACUAUGCUGGAAGAUGGCAGGUUCCUUUGCCUCAGCUUCAGGUGCUUCAGACUGCACUCUGUUGUUUCACAUCUGCCUGUGUGUCGUUCCCAGCUGACUGUGAGCACGUACAAUACGUAUUGAGUAGCCUAGCUUUGAGUUUUUUUGAGUUGCUGCUGUUCUUUGGAAAGGAUGAGUUCUAUGAAGAUCCUUUGAAAGAUAUUUUAGGUUCAAUCCAGGAGUGUCAGAACCUUCUAAAUCGAUACAGAAAUACGAACUUGGAACUAGUUACUCGCAUCAUCCGAGAUGGUGGCCCGUGGGAGGAUCCAGUAUUACAAGCAAUUCUUAAAGCAAAGCCCGUAUCACAGGAAUUAGUUAACAAAUAUUUAAGCUCUGAAAAUCCACUGUUCUUUGAACUACGUGCCAGAUACCUUAUUGCCUGUGAGCGCAUCCCUGAGGCAAUGGCUCUUAUCAAAUCUUGCAUAAAUCAUCCCGAUAUCAGUAAAGAUCUGUAUUUCCAUCAAGCUCUUUUCACCUGUCUUUAUAUGUCCCCAUUAGAAGAUCAGCUCUUCCAGGAGCACUUAUUGAGGACUGAUUGCAAGAGUGGAAUUGAGAUCAUCUGCAACACUGAAAAAGAAGGGAAGACUACCUUAGCCUUACAGCUGUGUGAAUCGUUCCUAGUCCCACAGCUUCAAAAUGGGGACAUGUAUUGUAUAUGGGACCUAAUCUUCAUUUGGAGCAAACUGCAGCUUAAAUCUAACCCAUCAAAACAAGUGUUUGUCGACCAGUGCUACCAGCUUUUAAGAAUUGCUACAAAUGUCAGAGUAAUUUUCCCUUUCAUGAAAGUGAUUAAGGAUGAAGUUGGUGAAGAUGGCCUUCAGAUAUGUGUUGAGAUAUGUGGGUGUGCCCUGCAGUUGGACCUUCGUGAGGAUCCCAGCAUGAAAAGUCUUAUUUAUAAAACAAUUGCUCAUUUUCUGCCAAAUGACUUGGAGAUCCUCAGAAUAUGUGCUCUUUCAGUCUUCUUUCUGGAGCGCACACUGGAAUCUUACUACACUGUUGAGCACCUGUACAAGUGUGCAGACGAAGAGUACAACGAGUGCGCUAGCUCUGUCCAAAACCGUGUGCGCUUUGAAUUGCUUCCCAUUCUGAAAAAGGGGCUGUUUUUUGAUCCUGAGUUUUGGAAUUUCUUGAUGAUCAAACAGAAUUGUUUAGCAUUAUUAGGGGAUAAAGCCUUUAUUGGUUUGUGUGAAAGUACACUGGAAAACUCCACUGCAAACACGGAGAAGACAGAUUAUAGGGCUCUGAAUGAGGAAUGUGUCUGUUCAACGGAUGUGAGCAACAGGCAGCUUGACCCUGAAGACCUCUCUGAAACCCAGUCCAAAGGUAGUGCCAGAAAGAACCACGAGGUUCUUGGAGCAUCUGAAAUGUUAGAUCCAACUGUACCAAGGCAUCGCUGUGUGAUAUGCAACAAGGAAUUUCUUGGUGGUCACAUUGUGAAACAUGCACAAGCUCACCAAAAAAAGGGCAGUUUUUCCUGCGUGCUUUGCACUAGGAAGUUCAGACAAAAAGGACUUAUGUUGAAGCACUUAAAGAAUCAUAUUAGGAAGACAGAAAGGCAACAUAUUGCUGCAGUUCUUGAGGCUGGUCAGCAGGCUCCUGUACUUAAUGAACUAGAAUGUUCAGGUGUUUCUCUGUCUCUUCAGAAUGGGAAUUCUGAUAGUUCUAAAGAUGAACCAGAGACUGCAAUAGCUCCAAGUGCUGACCAGGUGGUCCAAGUGGAGGAAGAGCAUGCAGAACAGGUAUUCAAUACAGUGGAAAAUCAUCUAAAUGACCAGGAUGAUGCUACUGAGAACAGUAGUGACAGCUGUUUUAACAACGUUGUUGAUGCUUUAAGUACAGAAAGUUUGCCUGAAGAUGAAGAGAGUUCCCAGAAAGAGUUACCUGUUAUGCACAAAGUGAAUGGAGCUUUUUGCCCUCAAAAAGACAUUGAUCCUAUGGAUGAGGAAGGCACCUUUAAGUGCCCUGCUAGUGGCUGUACUAGAGUGUUUAAAAAAAUAAGAUUCCUCAAUAAACAUGCAAGAAAAGCUCAUCCAGCUGAUCUGAAGGUGCAGGAGCAUAUAAUGAAAUGGAAUAAUGGAAAAUGUCGGUUCUGCCAGAGGAAAUUUGCUGACUCCCAACAUUUUAUAGAUCACCUGAAGAGACAUGUAUAUCCAAAUGUUUAUUUUUGUUUACACUUUAAUUGUAAUCAGAGAUUUAAGCUGUCAGCUGAGCUUGCAGAACAUACAAAAAGUCAUAGCGUUUUUAAAGCUCAAUGCAAUUUUGCAGAGUGCUGUGAGCUGUUCGAGGAGCUCCCUUUGCUGUAUGAUCAUGAGGCUCAGCAUUAUUUAAAUAAAACACUAGAAUGCUCAGAAGAUACAAGUGAAAAAGAUUCUUCAGAUCAUCUUUCAGAACUUUGCAGUUAUCAAAACGAUGAUGAAUCUGUUAAUGAAAAAGAAACUGUAGAUUUACCAAUUCCAACUUGGAAGUCAAGGAAGGAUUCUACAGAACCAAAGACUUAUAUUCAGAGUGUUGAGAAGAAAGCAAAUAAUGUAAUUCACAAUGGAAAUGAAAGCUUAUCUGAGGGUGGUGCUGCAGUUUUAUGUUUGGUAGACCAAAAGACACCUUUGUUACAUUCAAAAUCUGAAACUGUAAAGUUGUCAGAGAGCAGCCUAGUCAAUGGGCACAAUGAACUAGAUCAGACAUCAUCAAAAUCAUCAGAAAUACCUUUGAACAACAGAAUGCAGAUGAAAACAAGGACAGAAAAUGGGUCAGUGUUACCAGUUCUACAGAAUUGUCAUGAUGCACCACAAAAUAAUGCUGCUGCUGCUGUGCCAGUACCUGCUAAAGCAAAUCAGGCAACAGAGAAUACUUCAUAUGGUGUCAUUUUAACAAAACCAUAUUUUAGACCAUUGCCUCCAAGUUACCUUGAUGAAAGAUACAUUAGCAUGCAACGUAGAAAAAUUUUGACUGAUGAAGUAAAUACUCAUUCUAGACAAGAUACAUUUUGUAGCAAAUCAACAGAAAGAUUUAGAUGGGCAAGCUGCUUGACCAUCUACUGUAAUUCAGAAGCACUUGGCCACCUUGCACAAAAGAAUGUGCAGACGCUCUUUGGAUUUGAUUCAGAUGAUGAAAGUGCCUGA